AUGCCUAUGAUCAUCCAUUAUUUAAAAUGCCGGCCUAUCACUCCGUUUUUAAACCCUCCUAAGCUUAUCGGCAACAUGGCAUUGCUGCCUGUGCGGACACAGUACAAGGGACCAGCUCUUAAAGACACAUCCGAAUUUGACAUCGUAGAUGAGGCAAUAUAUUUCUUCAAGGCCAAUAUUUUUUUUUUCGCAACUAUGAAAUCAAGACGAUGUUCAUCAAGAAGCCAGGGAGAUAAGAUGUACACCCUUGGGAUCUCUAAUUUCCCAAUUCCGGGAGAGCCAGGGUUUCCUCUCAAUGCCAUGUACAGCAAGACUGCCAACAAAGCAGAGGACGAUACCAUGCGGCAGUACCUUCAACAGCUAAGGCAGGAAACUGGGGUGAGGCUGUUGGACAAAUUCUUUGACCAGAAUGAUAAACCCAACAAGUGGUGGCUAUGUUUUGCCAAGCGGAGGUUUAUGGACAAGAGCCUGUCUGCUCCAGGGUUCUGA